AGGUAUCGAAACGAAAAAAGAUUCUUCGUUUUUUUUUUCUUUUUCUUUUUGAUUGAUUAAGAUAAGCAAAAAAAGAAUACAGCGAUCACCAUGUUGGCCGCUUUCUUUCGCGGUGCAUUUCUCAUCGGCAUUCUCGCUUGGUACAGCAUCAGCGUUUGGAAUAUGAUCGACGGUUAUUUUAGAGAUCAAUUUGCUAGUUACCUGCACGAGGAAUAUCGAAAAAAUCCACAUAUGAAGACUUAUAUGAAGGAUGUCAAUGAGGUUGAUAAGAACGAGGCCGUACAUACCGACAGGAAAGUUUCGUUAAAGAAAAUCGACGAACUCGAGAAAGCCGAGAGCUGUCCGGUCGAUAAAAUAGAUACCGAUAAGUUAUUGAAACCUUGCGAUAUCUCGGAGAAAAUUUCGGAAGUUGAUCGACCGAACGAAUCCGUUGAAAAAGAAAUGUUAGAGAAAAUUUCAACGGGAAAGGAUUUGUAUAACGACGACGAUGACGAUCACCAUCAAACGAUAAAAAGUGUUGAGAAAAUGGCGGAUGAAGAGAAGGGACCGAAGAAAAAAGAAUUUUCUUCGAGUAAGGAAUUUGAAGAAGAAGAUAUAGAGAAGAAAAAGAAGCAAAGAGAGAAAGAAAAAGAGAAGGAGAGGGAGAGAGAGAGAGAAAAAAGGAAGAGGGAAGAAGAAAAAACGAAAAAGGAAAAGAAGAAACGAGUGAAAACGAUCACCCUUAACGAAGAAGAUUUUCUAAGCGUCAAAAAUAGACGAGGUACGAUCGGACGCGACGAAGAUUUUUGGGAAUUCGAGGACGAUGAGGAGAAGCAGAAAAUGGAGGAUAAAGAAAAGGGUAUACUGAUCUCAGAUCUCCCAUUCAAACCGAAACUCGACAUCGGUCGUUUGGAGAGAAUUACGCCUGACGAAUACUGCCCUUUGACCUUGGAAGACGAACUUUCUUGUGGGGAGACCACCAAGUGGCCCUAAACAUAUAAUCCCGAUGGAAUUUUAAUCGGAUGUUUAUGUGUUAUGAAAUUAAAAAAAAAAAAUAUGUAUUUAUUUAUUAUAUUCACUUUAUAAUAAUAUUUAUUAUAUAUCGAAUAUUAUCAAUAAUAAAAACAAUAUAUAUAUAUAUACAUAUAUAUACACGUACAUAAUAAUGAAAAGGAAAAGAAUUCAUAUUAUAAUAAUUUUCUUUAAGUUUUGAACCUAUCGAACGCGUCGUUUUUAAAAAAUGAGAAAAAAAUUAUGCUACAUCGAAUUCAUACAAUUGUCAAGCAUAUAUUACACAAAAAGAUCGCUUUAAUUUAUUCCUUUUAGUAUAAUAACGAAUUGUAAAUGUAAGUGUUAUUACGUAAACUUCUUUACGAUAUUUCUAACUUUUCAAAUGUAUUACGAAUUAUUCAUUAUAUCGCAAAUCUAUGUAUUUACGACGAUUAAUUCGUCUAUUUAUAUUUACAACUCCUAUUUUACUAGGCUAAGUGGAUUGGUUACGUUAUUCGAUUGGAAAAAAAAAUAAAUAUAGGCAAGAGAAAAGAAAAAGAAAAAUUGUAAUAUGUUUGUCACGUAAUUAUGUAAAUUAUAAUAAUAAAAAUAAAAAGACCUAUAAGUGCA